CUCCUACUCUCACUUCCACUUCCACUUCACUCUCUACUCCUCACUUUAAUCAUGGAAAAUAACCGCAAGGUUUCGCUAAAGCCAUGGAAGAAAGGCCCGACGAGAGGCAAAGGCGGUCCUCAGAACGCGACCUGUGAGUAUCGGGGAGUCAGACAAAGGACUUGGGGAAAAUGGGUGGCCGAGAUCAGGGAGCCUAAGAAAAGAACCAGACUCUGGCUAGGUUCUUUCGCGACAGCUGAAGAAGCAGCCGUGGCUUAUGAUGAAGCGGCUAGACGGUUAUAUGGACCGGAUGCUUACUUAAAUUUACCACAUCUGAGAACUAAUUUUAACCCUUUAAACAAAUCACACAAGUUCAAAUGGUUUCCCUCGAAUAACAACAUCACCUUGUUCCCGGCCAGUGGGCUUCUGAACCUGAAUGCUCAGCCAAGUGUUCAUGUCAUUCAUCAAAGGCUUCAAGAACUCAAGAAAAGCGGUGUGCUGUCUCAGUCAUCUUCGUCUAGCUCCUCGUCUAGUGACCCGAAAAAUGAUGCUGCAUUCAUCAACAGCCAGCGCCCUUGUCUAAUAAGCACUCCCAAACAGACAAUAAGUCCAAAAGACGCGGAGCCAUUGUCCAAAAUUACAUCAGGAGAUCAUCCCGAGAAACCUCAGCUUGAUCUAAAUGAGUUUCUUCAACAGCUAGGUAUUAUAAAAAGAGAUGAUCAUGUCGAUACUGGAGAGGCCUCUAGCAGUCUGACAGAGCUUGAAACUUCUUUGAUCGACGACAAUGGAGUUGCAGAGUUUGCGAACACGAGCUUCAACUGGGACAUGCUAGGGGAGUUGCAGGAUAUCGAGGAUCGUCGAGGAGCAGAAAGUAACAGCUGGCAGGCUUAUGACAUCAGUGAAGAGCUCAGUUUUACCACCUCUAUUUGGAACUUUUAAUGCUUAAUUAUGUUGUAAUGCUGAAUGGAUUAUCUGAGGACAAUAGAAGCUAUUGCUUCAUAUUAAACAUGUUU